AUGGCGCUGAGCGACUAUCCAUGGGUUGCAACCAGACUGGGCGGCUGCAAGCUGUUUGAGUUCAUCCACACCUGGGGUUUCAUGGAGUUCAUCAAGAAGCGGAGCUGCAAGAAGGGCACCAGUCCCAGAAUCAUCGAGGUCUUAUCACCGGAACUUGCUGAGCUUCUCGAUGGCCUUCUGGAGCUCCACCCGGAGGAUCGCUUGUGUCUUGGGGAGUCGUGCUACGAAGACAAGACUCACUGGUCUGCUUGGAACAUGGCAUGGCUUAGCGGAUCGCCCAGGAAGUCAAGGCCCAACUGUGUCAUCAGCUGA